AUGCCAUCGGAGACCAAACAGUCAAUUUUUAAAGGAGUGAAUCUCAACUGUGAGACAAACAACACAGAACAUCGCACCAAAAAAAUCUCAAAGGAUCAGCUGAUUGUGAGGCGAGGCCAGCGGUUCACCGUGAAAGUUGAACUGACACAGCCGUUCAACCCCAAUCUUUACCCGCUCACCAUUACAGCAGUAACAGGAGAAAAUCCAUCUGAGGACCUGGGAACAAAGUCAUGCUUUGGUAUGCCAGACAGAAUCCAGCGUUCGCCAUCAGCAAAGGCAGUGUGGAAAGUGGAGCUAGAGAAGGGGUCCAACCCACCAACAGGUUCCUUGAAUUUGACCAUUACCCCCCCAGCUGACACUCCAAUCGGAAAGUACAACUUAACCGCCAGACAUAGGGAUGAGGAAACGUUGUUGGCAGAACUGGUAGUGCUCUUCAAUCCUUGGUGUUCUGAUGAUUCAGUGUUUAUGCGGGAUGAGACAGAGAGACAGGAGUUUGUGAUGAAUGAACGUGGUAUAAUCUACAAAGGAAGUGGGAACUACAUCACAUCUAUUAACUGGGACUUUGGGCAGUUUGAAGAGGACAUGGUGAAGAUUUGUCUUAAGAUGUUGGAUGUCAACCCCAAACACCUGGCAAAUGCAGCUAAUGAUGUUUCUGCUCGCUGUAACCCCAUCUAUGUCAGUCGUGUGGUCAGCGCCAUGAUCAACAGUAAUGAUGACUGUGGUGUCCUGGAGGGACGGUGGUCAGAUCCAUUCUGGGGUGGAACUAUACCCUCUCACUGGUCUGGCAGCUAUCCCAUCCUCAAGCGUUGGUAUAACAUCGGCUGCAACCCAGUCAAAUAUGGACAGUGCUGGGUUUUUGCAGGAGUGAUGUGUUCAGUAAUGCGUCUGCUGGGCAUCCCAUGCCGUGUGGUCACUAACUACCAGUCAGCUCACGACAGCAACAAGAAUCUCACCAUUGAUGUGUACCACGCUGACUAUGGAAUGAGAGAGAAAGAGACCAAGGACAGUGUCUGGAACUAUCAUGUCUGGUUAGAGUGCUGGAUGAGGCGAACUGACCUGGCAAAAGAUGGUAAAUAUGAUGGCUGGCAAGUUGUGGAUCCAACGCCACAGGAGAAGAGCGAUGGUGUAUACUGCUGCGGUCCAGCCCCAGUCAAAGCCAUCCUGAAUGGAGAAACCGAUCUCAAAUAUGAUGUCCCAUUUGUCUAUGCUGAGGUCAAUGCUGACUGCAUUGACUGGCUGUGUAAAGUUGAUGGCACAAUGGUGAACAUUUUCUCUGACACCAAGAGAGUCGGACAGAACAUCUCCACCAAGGCUGUUGGCUCCAACACAAGGCUGGACAUCACAGACAGCUACAAGUACAAGGAAGGGUCUAAUGAGGAGAGAACUGUAUUUAGAUAUGCCCUCACCAGAGAUUACUCCAGAGAUGAAGAGGAAAAGAACAAUAGAGGGACAAAUAAUCCAAUCCAGAAUGGAGGGACAACAAAUGGAACUGGGAAUGGAGGGAGGGGAGGGAACAACACAGAGACUACAAAUAAUACAAAUGACAGCAUCCUUCCACUUCCACAAAUAUCCAUGCGAUUUGAAGAGGUAUCCAAGCCAGUGGAUGGUCAGGACGUGAUUCUGAAGCUGGUGCUGAACAGUGAGAGCAACACUGCCAGGCCUGUGUCUAUCAAUAUCAGCGUCCAGGCCAUGAGAUACAAUGGCUCACCGGUUGAAAACAUCCAGACUGAGACGAAGGAAGAGACACUGCUGCCUGGGAAAGAUCUGUCCAUCCCUAUCUUGGUCCCCUUCUUGGUGUACCACAAACACAUGGUAGGCUCUGACAGUAUGAAGAUUUCAGCUGUAGUCACAGAUAAGCUGGAGCCAAGAAACGUAUACCUAGCAGUGAAUGAUGUCAUUCUGUUGAAUCCUCCUAUGUCCAUCACAGUUAAUGGUCCAGUGAGACUGAACCAAAGGACAGUUGCUGAAGUAGUUUUCAUGAACCCGAUCAACAAGAUGCUGACGGACUGCACUCUGACUAUGUCUGGAAGUGGUCUAGUGGAUGGGGAGGAUAAAUGCAUACUUCCAAAUCUGAGGCCAAGCAGCAGGAUACGUAUCCAGUUGCCCUUUUUUCCCAAGAAGACCGGAAAGAAGACUCUCAUGGCUGACUUUGACUGCUCCUCCUUCAGAGACCUCAAGUGCACCUGCACUUUCGAUGUUCUACCAUAA